AUGGCCGCACCAACCAAAACGAACGGGCACACCGGCGAGUGGACACCCAACUCGUGGAGGUCUAAGCCCAUCAAGCAGUGCCCCGAGUACCCAGACCAGGCCGCUCUCGCAAAGGCCGUCGCUUCCCUUCACCGGCUACCACCUAUCGUUCACCCGCGCGAGAUCACCGAGCUCAAGAACCACCUCCGCGAUGUCGCCCAGGGAAAGGCCUUUUUGCUCCAGGGUGGCGACUGCGCCGAGCUGUUUGACUACUGCCAACAGGAUGCGAUCGAGUCCAAGAUCAAGCUCCUGCUGCAGAUGAGCUUGGUCCUUCUCUGGGGUGCUAACAAGCGUGUUGUUCGCAUUGGUCGCAUGGCCGGCCAGUAUGCGAAGCCGCGCUCCAGCCCCAUGGAGAUAGUCGACGGGCGCCAGGUGCCGUCCUUCAGGGGUGAUAUCCUGAACGGCUACCAUGUCGACGAGCGGCAGCUGGACCCCGAAAGGCUGGUUAAGGCCUACCACCACUCUUCUGCAACCCUUAACUACAUCCGCGCAUCCAUUGCGUCUGGAAUUGCCGAUCUGAGCAAGCCCCUCGACUGGGGCCUCGGCCAUGUACGCGACCCAGCGCUGAAGGAGAAGUACGAAAAGGCGGUCGAGUUCCUCAAGGACAUGCGGAGCUUCAUGCACACCAUCGGCGCCGAAAACGAAAAGUUCCACACGGUCGACCUAUUCACCAGCCACGAGGGCCUGCUCCUCGAAUACGAAGAGCCCCUGACCCGCCUCCUCGACGACCCCUCAGCCACCUCCACCUCGCCGAAAAAGCAGUACUACAACACCUCCGCCCACUUCCUCUGGAUCGGCGACCGCACGCGGCAGCUAGACCACGCACACGUCGAGUUCUUCCGCGGCAUCGCCAACCCGCUCGGCGUCAAAGUCGGCCCAACGACCCCAGCAUCCGACCUCCUCGCCCUGCUGCGCGCGCUUAACCCGGAGCGGGAGCCGGGCAAGAUCACGCUCAUCACGCGCUACGGCGCCGACAAGGUGGCUGACCUGCUGCCCGCGCACAUCCGCGCGGUCGAGGAUAGCGAGUACGCGCGCACAGUGGUGUGGCAGUGCGACCCCAUGCAUGGCAACACGCAGUCGGUCAGCUGCGGGAUCAAGACGCGGCGUUUCAGCAACAUCUUCAGCGAACUGCAGCAGACGCUGCGCAUCCACAAGGAGCAAAACAGCUACCUCGGCGGUGUCCACCUUGAAUUGACGGGCGAGCCGGUCACGGAGUGCCUCGGUGGUAGUGAGAAUCUGGCCGAGGAUGACUUGUCCACCAACUACACCAGCUUCUGCGACCCGCGCCUGAAUGAGAAACAGGCGCUGGAGCUUGCCUUCCUCAUCGCUGACCACUACCGGACUGAGCGGAAUGGGAAUGGUGAAGUUUGA